AUGGGGGCCAUAGUGUCCAAAUCGCGUUUCGGCCCGGGCUUCCACGACGUCAUCAAGAAGGAGUCCGAUUUCAGCAUCAGUGUCGCCCGCUGCCUCGAUUCCCUUUGCCAUUCGACAUUUGCAAAGGUGGUCAAGAUGCACGGCAUGCACGGCCUCGCAGCAGUUGCGCGUGCUCUCCUGGAGGCCUGCAGCAGCGACGAAUCCUUUGCCGUUUUUUUAAUUCCUCUUGCCCAUGAACUUACGACUGUCUUGAACAUCACGUCUGCAGUCCCUCCCGCUCGCACAGAUGACAACGACGACAGCAGCGACAGCGACGAUGACAACAACCCAGUCGUCGCACUCACCGGCACAGUACUCAACGCCCUCAACGCCCGGGACGGUUACGAUGCAGCUCCCGCUACUCGUGCUAUACGGGCACUUCUGCCGCUUUUAGGCGACGAGAAGAAGCGCGACGUGUCGCAUCUGGAAGCCGAAGCCGGGCCUUCCAAGCGCGCUCGCCGUUCGCCUGGCGAAUAA